AUGGCCAUUGAGGAGAAGACCCCAGACUAUCACCCCGAUCGAUUUUAUCCUGCCCGUCUUGGCCAGAUUUUAAAUCAAAGAUACCAACUUGUCACGAAAUUAGGCUUUGGCGCCAACUCGACGGUUUGGCUGGCUCGCGAUCUGCACCGGUCAGUUUUUUCCCACUCCAACGAAAGCACCUCCUAA